GCAGGGUUAUCACCAUGCAGGAGGCGCUCCGGCCGAAGGCAAAAAGAUCGGCGAUUUCCGCUGUCGGCAGAACGCGAUAAACGGUGUCAACUCGCAGCGGCCACUGGUAAUCAGCGUUGUGAUCUUCUGGAGUAGCCGAGAGGCUUUGUAUUACGCUGCAAAUAGACGGUGCGCACGCUUAGAAACAUGAACUCCCCACCAAGCUCUCACGAAGCGAUGCAAGGAACAGUUCGAGCCCUAUCAUGUUCACUUUCCUACAAGGACAGUGAAAUUCAAGAUGAAACGCCAAUCGAUGCAGCCUCCGGGAACCUGUCUAUCGAUCCACAGAUUUCCGACUUCUGGACUAGGCUGGUUCACGACAUCACCGAAAGACAGGCAUGGAGGGUGAAGGCGUUCGACGAAAUCGGCGAACGCCUGCUGGAUGCGUACUCCGAGGACGUGCGCCACUACCCGCUUCCAGAGGAAAGAAUCCGCAUGAAGCAUCGUAGGCACGCAGCCCUGAAGUUCAGAGCCGAUCCGGAGCGCUGGUCCCGACUCGUCUUGGCUGGGCUGGGAGAAGCGGCCGCAGGCACAUCGGCGGGCCCGGCCACUGCAGCGUUAGGCCACUCUGGAUUGCUGCACGCCUUCCGAGACUUUGCGACGCAUAUUCACUACUUCCAGAUCACUCGGGGCCUCAUGGAAGCGGCAGGCGUGGCCGUGCCAUUGACAGCCAAUGCGUCUUCGUCCGUACACGACGUAGACAAGCUGGACCCCGUGAUGCUGGCCGGAUACUGCGAGCGCUGGGAAGACCUCCGAGACACUGCUCUGUGGCACGACUGCCUCGAGUACCACUAUGCCAUCAACACGCACCACCAGCAGAACGAACUGUGGCACACGGAGGAAGGCGAGACUAAGGAGGAACAAUGCUGCCGAGCUCUGCCGGAGUUGCUGUGUGACAAGGCGUCGCGAAAGUUGCAGAAGGAGCUCAACGGCGGGGUUUCUUCGACUAUGUGGUCCGUGGAGGUGCAGUUCUACCUGGGAAUGCCCGAGAAGUGGCUCGACCGCGCGUUUAAGAUGGCCGCCUCGUUAGCUUCGUGUCAAAAGAUACACGACACCAUCACUUGACAACAGUUCUUAGCUGGGCUAGUUGGUUUUCGUACAUUCUCGUGAAACAGCGCCAACGACGGGACAACGGAAGACACAAAGCGCCUUGUCAUGCGUCUUCUUCUGUUGUCCCGUCGUUGGUGCUGUUUCACCAGAAUGUACAGCCAGCGGCCAAUGUCUCUGGACAACGAGACACAAGGAAAAGCUGAAUCGGCAGGCAGUCCUGAAUUCAGAUUUCCGGCCUGUUCUAAAACGCGCUAACGUGCACUGUACAGUUCGACCGAAUACAGUGACAAAUUGCUGGGGAUUUCAAAGGUUUUCGCAGACCUAGUGGUCUCUAAACAUUUGACGCCGACUUUACAUCCCUUAACGCUCGCUUUAAGCUCAUCACCUAGGAUGAUCGACGCGUAUGCUCAUUCUGCUGGUUUCAUUUGUCUCAACAGCUACAUAUACGGGCUAGCACGCACUGGCAAACUAUACACUGGUAUCCUCGUUUUGUUUUGCACAUAAAGAGCUAUCUUAUUUAAAUUGAUACUGAUGGGACACAACGCAUCGAUUCGUCUAUUGUGCCUGACAGAGUGGUGUUUCGUCGUGAGUGCAGCUCUACUGACAAAUAAAAUGCAUUCAUAAUGACACUGGCGGCAAGCGUUGUUAAUGUACUUUGUUUUCUUGAAGUACUGUUUACAGA